UCUAUUUCUCCAUUCUCAUGCCUGCAGGGGCCUGCAUUGUUAUUUCUAUGCUGCUGGGGACACUUUCAUACAAUACGCCUUUAACUCUUACUGCAAUGUGUCUGGAGCGCUAUGUGGCCAUAUGCAUGCCACUGAGACAUGGACAGAUUUGUACAGUCAAGAGGACCCUAAAUGUUAUUCUCAUCAUAUGGCUAACUGGUUCGAUUCCUAGUUUCAGAGAUUUUAUCAUUGUAGUAGCAACAGAGGCCAAAAACAUUUUAUGUGAAAGAAACCUCUGCAACUAUGACUUGAUGAUGAGAAGUAGUUGGCAAUCGUAUAUGCGGUCGGUAAUGGCAAUGUUGUAUUUUGGGGUCAUGUUAGGCACGGUGGCUUUCACAUAUGUCAAAAUAAUGAAGGUGGCAAGAACUGUAUCAGCCGACAGUUCGGCCUCCAAAGCUCGAAACACAAUUCUCUUACAUGCCUUUCAGCUUAUGCUUUGUUUAGCUGUUUUAGUUUCCCCUUUUGUGGAAAUGGAAAUAUUCCGAAUAAACCAGAACAUUAUCUCACACAUAAGGUACUUUAACUUUAUCAUCUUUAACAUUUUGCCAAGAUGUUUAAGUUCAUUUAUUUAUGGUGUACGGGAUGAAAAAUUUAGGGCAGUCUUUUUGUUUUAUGUUACAUUUGGGCUGGUGAAAGUGGUGUUGAAAAUGUCAGUAAAAGCAGGUACAGAUCAUUUUUAG